AUGGCUCCCGCCGUCGCUCGGCCGUCCCUCCUCUGCCCCUCUUUUCCUUCAUCCUCUUGCUCGACUGCGACUUCCUCGUCCCCUUGUCUUCGGGUGCUUUCCCCGUCGCCGGUAGUUUUCGCGACUCAAGCCCUCACAUCUUCGCGUUCACGCUCGGUCUGUAUCCUUGAUCGGUAUCAACCGGCCAGAGCGACCCUUGCUGUCGAUUCCACUGCGACGGAUGGAAGUCGCCUGCAGUCUGGUUCCCCAACAGUUCUUCUGGAGGUGAAAGACCUGAAAGCCGUGAUUGCGGAGUCUAAGCAGAUGGUAUUACGCGGGAUAAAUCUCACAAUCCGCGAGGGCGAGGUUCGGUUCGCACACCCCCCGCUCUUCUCCGUCAAUUGAAAUCGUUUUACCAAUUCUCAGUGGCGCUCUCGCCGAUUGACAAAAUUCGGUGUUCCUCCGUUGACAUGACUGUCAUUUUCUCUCUUUUAAACGGUAAUUGACGGUGGUGCAGUUCGUUGGACUUCGCUUAUGGGCAUUGGCAUAGUGACUCAUACACCAUAAUUUAUUGCUUUGGAUUUAUCGUUGGUAUGAUGUUUACGUUCCUCUCUAAAUGUCUUUGAAAUCCACAGGUUCAUGCAAUCAUGGGAAAGAACGGUUCUGGAAAGAGCACGUUCUCUAAGGUGGGUUUGUCUGAGCUAGGCCAACUUUUUAUGUUAAUUUUUUAUUUAAUUUAUUCAAAUAUUUAUUUCUGAUUUCAGUAAACAACCCCCUUCCGGUCAUGUCCAGUGGUAGAACCAGAAAUGACUCAUUUUUUUUUAUCUCGUCCGCCUAUUUGUGUUUUUUGUGAAACAACGGAGAAAACCCAAAUCGGCCCUGGUACACUGGUGGAAGAAAGUGGACGCUUAUGAAUGACGUUGGGAUAAAAAGUCGGGAUUCAAAAUCUUCUUCAUUACCACUCCCUCUCAUGUCCAGAACUGAACAUGGAAGAUGAAAGUUUUUAAAAAGGUAUAAACGAGAUGUAGCUGUUUCGGGAAACAGAGGAAACUUUGUAGCAGUUGAAUGGAGUAAUUACUAGUGACGACGCUCAGUAGCCAAGGAUAUGGGAAGAACAGGAAACGGGAUAAUUAGUAUUCAUCCACUUGGCUUCUAUGAAAAUUCAUCUGAACAGCCUAAUCGGAAGUAGCCUCGAGAAGCUGUGAAUAAGUCUUCACAUCUUGCUCUUUGUGGUACUUGAAACGAGUAUUUUAAGGAAACAUGUAACGCAUGUCCCCUGUAGAAGCUUUAGAGCUGAACUUUCAGUGCAACGAUUCAAGUUUAUGAGAAUUUUGGAGUUUUUGUUGGAAACUCUCAAAUCAGGUUGAGUGCAAUUCGCGGUAGAAUUUUUUGUGCUUCAUUCAUUUCUGAUCAGGCAACUUUGUGAAAAUGGCUUAAUUUUCUGUUCAUGGAUUGGUUGGUGCGUUAUCGCCGCGUCGUGCUUGUUAUUCUUUAUUUUUAAGUGUCAUAUGGAAGUUUACAAACCCUUUUUAACUUUUCUUAUGCUCGAACUUUACAAAACUAUUCAUGAACGCGUUGCAUUUCGUUAUUUUUCAAUGUUAAAAUUCCUGUUGACGCUAUAUUUAUUACAGGUUCUUGUUGGUCAUCCAGACUAUGAAGUAGUAGGCGGGAGUGUUGAAUUCAAGGGGCAGAACUUGCUCGAUAUGGAUCCAGAGGAGAGGUCUCAUGGUGGACUAUUUAUGAGUUUUCAAUCCCCAGUGGAGAUACCUGGUGUGAGCAAUAUAGACUUUCUUCAGAUGGCUUGCAACGCUAGGAGAAAGAAGCGCGGGCUUCCAGAGUUUUCUCCAAUUGAAGUAUGUGUUCUGAUUAUAAAGCUAAGUAGAUAAGUUUUUUUCUGAAGGUCUUAAUUCAGAUAAUAACUCCAUGUUUUGUCAAUCGCCAGUUUGAUUGAAAAUUUUGAUUGCCAGGAAUACUUUAUAAGUCCUUUAACGAAAAUCAAACUAGGGCUGGAGUUUUAGGAUGAACAUUAGAAAAUUGUUCAGGUCCUGAUGCCAUCGACUUCUAUUUAUCAUGUUAUUUCAGUAUGGCAUAAGAUAGUUUUGAUGGGAAUGGAUGCUUUGAAGAAAAUUUCUCGAGAUUUGUGAGCUUCAAAUCAAAUCAGCUAUAUUCUUUUUCCCGAGGAGACAGAAGAGAAGCUUGAUUACAAGUCUGAUGAUAAAUUGCUACAAGUUUAUCACAUGACGAAGUGACAUUCAAAAUAGCAAAAACGUGGAUUUUUCAAUUGAAAAGAGCCAUAAAUAAAUAAAUUAGGUGGAAUAUCUAUUUGUGGUAACUUUAUGGCAACCUAGGAUUGCUUGCAUUAUGGAAAACCUAAUGGCAGAGAAUUCAUGGUAUCAAAGGCAGGCGUUACUCCUACUCGAUGCACUGAUCAGGUGACACGAUUGGUAUGCUGUUAUUCAAAAUUUAGUUGGAAACUUGAAGAGUGGAAUGGUAAGACCUUAUCUGCAGGAGAUGGGUUGGAUGUUGUCUCUGCCAUUUCCGUCUAAUCUCUCUUCCUUUGGCCUGAUGGUGCUCAAGGUGACUCUACUCCUCAAGAGGUGGAUGAAAUCAUUUAAGAGAAGUAAUCCGGGCUUUACUUGUUUAAGAAAAAUACACAAUAAUUGUAGAAAGAGUGGAGCAUUCAUUCCUUUGUGCUUCUCUAGACUAUUUCCAGUGUGGUGGAAUAUAGCGAAAGAUAUUACUUCAAUAACGAAAGAUGUUGUUUCCUCGUUGUACCAUGUUAUCAAUGAGAUUUGCUUUACUUGUAAGAGGAUCUACAUCUUCAUUUAUCCCUUUUUGGGCCUAUACAAUCGUAUCUCUGGAAUAGCUUCUAACGAGAGUAUCUGAUUGAAUCUGCUCUAAAUAUUUAAUUAAGUUGAAAAAAAGGAAUACAGAAAAAGAGAACUGAACCUCUUCUGGAUUUAUACGGAGCUUUAGGGUGUUGAUCUAGGUUUCAAAGAGUAAGAAAUGAGGGAGAGAUGUGGAUCAAAGGUUGAUUAACUUUCAACAGUGUUUGCUGCUGAGUUUUGUGUAGGUUGGAACUUACUAUGGGUUGUGUUUCUUUUGAAAGAGAAAAAAAAAAUGAUCCAUCAGACAACAGCUCAAGAGGCUUCCUGUCAUCAGAACAGGAUGAACAUGUUGCUUCCGCAGAUUGGUGGGAUAUCUUUUUUGUGAGGUCUGUGAGAAAACGUUCCUGGAAAUGCUGCAUUGGAAGUAACCUGAUGAUCCGCCAUAGGAGAUGACCUGGUGGAACAGUAUAUGCCCACGUAAUGGGGAUAAAUAGUUGUGAUAUGCCGAUUCCUUCUGUGGUUUGGACACCUGGAGAGAGGGGCAACAGUUUGGAAAUUUCCUUUUUAACCUUUAAGAAGGCAGUGUCUCCUUGUAAACUGUUUCAGUGCUUCUGCUCUAGGGAGCCCUGAAGACUCAGAACAUAAAAGCCUAUCUGGCAACCCAACAUGGGAAUUUUUUUUUCUUCUGAUAUCUAAAUUUCUGGUUUCUGAACGAAGUAUAACUCCGCCAACUUAGCAGAUAUGUUCUACACAGUUCGAGAUUGGUAAAUUGUUUUUCUCUUGCAGUUUUUUGGGUUUUUGCAGCCAAAGCUCUCUGCUGUCAAUAUGGAUCCCAAGUUUCUGAACAGAAAUGUAAAUGAAGGAUUUAGUGGUGGUGAAAAGAAGCGCAAUGAGAUAUUGCAACUUGCGGUAUGAAUAUUUUAGUUUUCUUAUCCCAUAUAUUGCAAUUCCAUGUAUUUAUUUUAAUGCAAAGUUUGACCGCGGAGUAGUCUCUUUAGCUCUUUUCUAUCAUCAUUAAUACGGGGUAAACAACAAUGGGUAGGUAACCUGUCGUCGUUGCCAAUUUACUAAGAAUAUGUUGUAUCCUGGGUAACCUGGGUAACCGGUUGAAUUUUCACUUCUUCUCAAGUCCACCGUACGACUAAUAUGUCUGGAAAGGUGCACAAUUUUUUACCAUAAUAGGGAAAAAAAUCCAUGCUGAUGCACUUCAUUGGGUUGCCCCUUUCUUAUUCGCUCCUCAGGUCCUUGAAGCCGAUUUGGCGAUUCUAGAUGAGAUUGACUCUGGGUUGGACGUCGACGCCCUACAGGACGUGGCGAAAGCAGUCAACGCGCUCCUGACGCCCAGCAACUCCAUCUUGAUGAUCACUCAUUAUCGGCGCCUCCUGGACUACAUCUCCCCGACAUAUAUCCACAUAAUGGUAAGAGACUCGGAUAUCAGGCGUUAUCUACCAUGAUCUCUUCGACAUAGGGUGUCACCAAUUCUACCUCUUCUUAUUUACCACCCCACUGUUUCUGGUCUUAUCAGGAGGACGGCAAAAUCGUAAAGACGGGCGACGUUUCUCUGGCUGAGCAGCUUGAGAGAGAGGGCUACCGAGGGAUUUCUGCGGCGUGA